AGCACUUCCGGUCGUGCAGAGCUCGGCAUGGUUACGCAUGUGACUAUUCCUAUAACUCGCUUAUAAUGCCUGAUUUAAUUAUAGACUUUUUUUUGAAUAAACAUUAUUUGAGUAAAAUUAUUUGUGAUAAAUAAUGGAAAUUGAGGGCAGAGAUUUUCUCAAUACACCUCCGAAGAAAACGGUGCGUUUUGGAGGCACGGUUGCCAAUACAUUAGCGAAGCUACAAAAGGGCGACACAAGUGAUUAUGAACUGAUAAAACAUCAGCUCUCAGAUCCUGAUAUUAAGGACGCUCAGAUUAUCAGCUGGUUGCAGGAAUUCAGGACCUGUGUCACUCAACUUGGCAGAGAUCAUGAGCAGUUAAUAUAUGUUGUUUUGAAGCUGCCAUGGCUCGGUCGCAGUCAGGCUGUGGUGGAAGAAUAUCUGGCUUUUCUGAGUAACCUGGUGUCGGCCCAGACAGUUUAUCUCCGAGCCUGUCUCAGAAUGGUCAUCACUAAUUUUGCACCAAAGAGAAUACGAAUCCAAGAAGGAAAUGUGGAUAUUUCAGAUUCUGAUGACGAAGAUGAAAAUCUGCCGAGGACAUUUGAUCAUUGUCAUCAAGCCUUACAGCUUAUUACAAGAUAUGUUCCAUCAACCAGUCGAUUCCUGAUGCCAAUCCUUUCUGACAAGUUCCCUUUUGUGCAGAAAUCCUCCAGAACACUUGAGUGUUACGUGCACAACCUAUUGAGAGUUUCGGUCUACAUCCCUGACCUGAGGAGAGACAUCAUAGAGCUCAUCAUCAGCAAGAUGCUCACGCUAGAUGUUAGUGCACCACGGAGUGAGAUUGAAGAAGUGGAAAGUGGAGCUCAGCAAGAUGCUAAUGGAGCAUCACAGGAUGACUGCCUCUUUGACAUGGAUGAGGAAGAGGACUCUCCACUGGAUUCAUCGAGACCUGAUGGAGCUGUGAUGGUUCAUCCUGUAGCAGAGAGACUGGACACGAUGAUGACUGUCCUGCUGGCUUAUAUCAAGGACAUUUGCCAUGUCAAUGGCUCAUUAGAUAUUGAGAAAACCAAAGCUCUAUACAAAGACCUGGUGUCCGUGUUUGAUAAGGUGGUGCUCCCCACUCACGCUUCCUGUCAUGUGCAGUACUACAUGUUCUACCUGUGCAGCUUCCGCCUGGGUUUGGCUGAAGCUUUUUUGGAUCACUUAUGGAAGAUGUUUCACGCCCCCAACCAGCCCCCCGUCCUGAGACAGGCCGCUGCUGGAUACAUGGGCAGCUUCAUGGCAAGAGCCAAGUUUUUGCCAGUAUCGACAGUCAAGGCCUGUCUGGACCUGUUGGUUCCCUGGUUGCACCUUUAUAUUAACAGUCAGGACUCAGGAUCCAAAGCAUUCUGUGACGUCAAUCUGCACGGCUCUUUUUAUACAGCCUGCCAGGCUGUGUUUUACACACUCAUCUUCAGACACAAUGCCAUUCUGGAGGGCAAUAUGAAGAAAGGGUUGGCGUACCUUCAGGGUUUGAAUCUGGAGCGUAUAGUGAUGUGCCAGCUCAACCCGCUGAGGGUCUGUCUGCCUGCUGUCACCAACAUGUUUGCAGCCAUCACCAGGAAGUACCAGCUCGUCUUCUGUUACACCAUCAUUGAGCGAAACAACCGGAACCUGUUGCCAGUUGUGAGCAAUUCAACAGGCGGCAACUCGGUGUCCACUAACACAAACCCUCUGGAUACCUUCUUCCCUUUUGAUCCGUAUCUCCUGAAAAGCUCUGGAAAACUCAUUGAGCCAAUCUACCAGGUGUGGGAGGAGCCGUCCGAUUGUAUGAUAGAUGUGCCCAAGAAGAAAGUGAGAAAGGGAUCUAUGGAGGAGGAAGAUGACUUUCUGCAUGGAGGAACACCUCAUGGUGACUCCGGAGUGGGCAUGACUCCGGGCUCUUAUGACUCCCAUCUGCACAGUCCGCGGAGCGUUGGCUCUCCCCCUGUCUCCUUCCUGCAGCGGCCUUUCUGAUCCACUGCUGUAGCACUCAGCUGGUCACAGAUGGGCUGCUCGGCCCAACAUCACACCAGGAGGGGGCGCUCAAGAACUGCUUGUGUUAGCAGCACAGAUCUGACUGGAGCCCUUCACACAGCAGCAUUACUGACCCGUGUUUGGCAGUAGUUUUACUAAACCCUCUACUUCACUUUAAGACUGCACCAUAAAAUACAAAUAUGUGCUUAUUGCACACUUGUGCUAUAUUGAUAGUAAAAUGAAAGAAACAUUGGUGGUUUCUCAAGUAGACAGUCUAUUGUAUUUUCUGUUUUCAGGACAAACUGUCAGCACAGAUGUAGAUGAAAUGAUCACUGUACUCAGAGUAAAUGUGAGAUUUUUCUUUUGUAAUAUUUUCAGUUUAUUCUGAAAUGAUUUGAGAGAUUAGAAUUGGCUGGUGGUGUGUUUCAAUGGUAAAUGGGUGUCACUUCCCAUGUUACGAGUUUGAGCUCUGACUAAACCAGUGUCUGUUUGCACAAAAUAUUCUGUAGAAAAUUGACAUACAGAGAAUACCUUCAUUUAACAAUGGUUUUCUGUGGUGUUUGUUGAAAUUUUAACUGUCGUCAUCCUUGGCUUAUUCUGUACAAAUAUCAAUCAAACCUCCACAUUGAAUUGUACUUUUGCGCUACAGUUUUGAAAUGGACUUGAAGUAAUAAAAUGGUCUAGGUGUUUCAUUACAAUGUGGAAAAUAUUAUCUAAUUGUUGACUUUUUAAAAGACGUGGUCCUCUUAAAAUGUUUAUUUUCUUC